AACCCCUUUGUUAUUCAUUAUAUUUGUCACAAUUCCAUUGAGAUAACUGGCAUAAAAGCUUCUACCCCAACGAAAGCUUCAUCAGUUGUCCCACAAGCGUUGAGCGAAGUCGUUGUACUUUUUGUUUUGGUUCUGUUGAGUUUUGCUACAAUGGCCAUGUCCGCCGAAAACGUUGUAGGAGGUAUCAGUCAGCUGAAAGGGGAUGACAGGAAGGAGGCUCUCCAACUUCUGGAUGAUACCCUUGCCCAUUUGGCCGCCGGAGGUGGUCCCAAGUACAAGGCAGUUAAUGUGAUCUCUGUAACCGGCCAGGUUGUAGCUGGAACUCUUAACACCUUCGAGGUGGAGCUGGAUGACGGAUCCGUUAGAAAACAGUGCACCGUGCAGAUCUGGACCCGCCCCUGGAUGAAAAAAGAUGGUACCAAUAUCAAGAUCAAGUUUUCCGGCGAAGAUGAAGAACUGGACCGAACUUGGUAAAAGUUUUCAUUUUUUUUUCAAAGAUUCAUUAAUAUCUGUAAGCACUGAUCAUGUUUUCAUUCAUAUUAGUUGAUGCUGGUAUUGUAAAAUUAAUUUAUCGAAUUUUCUAAUGUCUUUUCUUAAGAAUAUGUAAUAAUAAAAUAACAAGACUUCUUACAAAAAAAAAAAAAACA